CAGUUUCGGUAUUGGUAUUUACAGAAGAGUCAACAACUGCAUGCAUACGCCCGGAGUCCACCGCGACCUACAGACGGGCUGCCACCCAGAGAACAUGGCGCCUUUGUCCCUGCUGAGGCACAGGGACUGUCUGCAGAGGGCGAACAUUUUCUGUAACGUGUUACGGAGUUUACACCACCGGCCAUUCACAUCUCGCUUAUGGAAACGGAAUUUCGGUGCCGUAGCCAAUGGAGUCGGUCAACUACUGUCACAGCGACCCAGAGCCAAAAACUACGCAGCAUCUGUUUGUAGCAGCUCCUCAGACGGCCAGGACUUGACAGAGAGGCUGUGGUCUGUUUACAAUGAGACCAAAAGACAGACUGAAGAUUUAAUCCCAGCCAUUUCCACCAACUCCAUCAACCCUGACACCAUAUUCGCCAACAAUGAGAUGAGCCUGCGAGACAUAGAGAUCUACGGCUUCGACUAUGACUACACCCUGGCGUUCUACUCAAGGCACCUCCACACCCUCAUCUUCAACAUAGCCCGGGACAUCCUCAUCAAUAACCACAGGUAUCCAGAGGGGCUGCGAAAUUAUGAGUACAUUCCCAAUUUUGCUGUCAGAGGACUUCACUAUGAUGUUCAGAAGGCACUUCUGAUGAAGAUAGAUGCCUUUCACUACAUCCAGCUGGGAACUGUAUACAGGGGUCUCCAUCCAGUUCCUGAAGAGGAAGUAAUUGCCAUGUAUGAAGGUUGUCACGUACCUUUAGAGAUCAUGAGCGACUUUUAUGGGAAGAGUUCCCAUGGCCACACCAUGAAACAGUUCAUGGACAUUUUCUCCUUGCCUGAGAUGACCCUCCUGUCCUGUGUCAAUGACUUCUUCAUGAGGCAUAACAUCGACUAUGAGCCAGUGCAUCUCUACAAAGAUGUUAAGGAGGCCAUUAGAGAUGUUCACGUCAAGGGCAUUAUGUACCGAGCCGUGGAGGCAGAUAUUGAGAAAUACAUUUGCUAUGGCGAGCAGAGCCACGCUGUGCUGAAGAAGCUGUCAGAGCAUGGGAAAAAGAUGUUUCUCAUUACCAACAGCCCAUUUGACUUUGUGGACCGAGGAAUGAACUACAUUGUAGGGAAGGAUUGGCGGGACCUGUUUGAUGUUGUGAUCGUUCAGGCCGACAAACCUGGUUUCUUCAAUGACAGGAGAAAACCUUUCAGACGAGUGACAGACAAAGGUGCAUUGCUGUGGGACAGAAUUCACAAGUUGGAAAAAGGAAAGAUCUACAAACAGGGAAACCUUUAUGAGUUCCUGAGACUCACCGGCUGGAGAGGAUCCAAAGUGCUCUAUUUUGGUGAUCACAUCUACAGUGACUUGGCAGAUCUGACUCUGAAACAUGGCUGGAGGACAGGUGCCAUCAUCCCUGAGUUGAGGAAGGAGAUCAAGAUAAUGAACACGGAGCAGUACAUUCACAUGAUGGCCUGGUUACAGGCACUGACUGGACUCAUCGAACAGAUGCAGGUACACAGGGAUCCAGCAUCACAAGCUGUCGUGAAGGAGUGGAUCAGAGAGAGAGAAGCCAUGAGGUCGCAGACAAAGGACAUCUUCAACUCUCAGUUUGGGAGUCUCUUCCGGACGUAUCACAACCCCACGUACUUCUCACGCCGACUCUCACGCUUUGCUGACAUCUACAUGCCCUCCAUCAGCUGCCUGCUCAACUACGACUUUCAGCACACCUUUUUCCCUCGCCGCACUCCCCUGCAGCACGAGUCUGCCUCCUGGCCUGAGCACUGUCCUGCUGGUAUCAGCGUCUCCUCGCAGCUCAGCAGGACCGGAGCGGAGUCUGACUAGAGGAAUAGAAGAAGACGAGGAUUGAACAAUCUCCAUUGCUGAUGAAUUUCUUUUUUUUAGGUUUUAAGAUGGCAGUUUAAAGGAUGCAUGCCACAUUUUCAGAUAUAAUAGAUAACAACCUUGUAAACUGUUGGUGUUUAUUAAGCUUUAAGAUAGAUAUGUACUGGCUCUCAAAUAAUUAAGUCUUCAAGCAGACCAGCAGAUUUUGUGCUUUGUAAGCAAAACAAGACAGAAUGUUUUCAUUCAAAACAUGGACACCUUGUGUUUCACAUUUUUAUCACACAGAAUUUGAAACAUUGAAUGCACUGAUUGUUCUAGGUUUGCAUCUGUGUGUGUGUGUGUGUGUGUGUGUGUGUGUGCGCAUGCAUGUGUGUAUCUUGGUGUGUAAGGGAGACAGAAGUAUAGUGAGAGAUUAUGCAAAGAUGCUGUGUUUACACCGUGUAAACAAUAGGGGGCAGUCACACAUCAUGUCUCUGUAGAAUGUAUUAUACACACUACCUUUGCUUUUUUAUCCUUUGCAUCUGUAAACCUGUAAGAGACUGUCAGUGAAUUUACAUCACAAAUUGGUGUGUUGCCUUAAUCUCUUUUUCACAUACUGCAAUGUCUAUAUUUUUGUAAUAGCCAACUGUAAACUAUGGCAAUCAAGCUUUUUUUUUUUCAAAUUUGGCAUCGUAUUUCAUUUAAUUUUUGAACUGCUUCUUAUACGUGUUCUGAGAGAAAGUAUUUAAUUGCCACACAACACAGCCUGUACAGUAUGUCUCAUUUCAGCACGUGGGAAAUGUUAAUAUUUGUCAGGGGGAAAAAAAUAGAGCUUCGUUGCUAUAUUUAGUCCGCCUGUUGCUAUUUGAUCUGUUAAGACAGCGUUGAGUUUCUUGGCUUUGACACUUCGGCAGAAAAUGCGUGAAAUGUUUUCACACAUGCUGGGAUGAAUGCUGGAGAAGAAUGAUGUACAUUGUGGAAAAAGGGAACUCUUAAAUAUCAGUGGCCACAUCCAAGACCUCAGUGUUUGUGUUUCUAUAGUUUAAAAUAUGAUGAUGUGGAUUUUUAUUUCACUAUUUAUUAAAAUGCAAAUGGAAUAAUGAUCAUUGCCAUGUGCUUGUGUCAUUAAUCUAAAGCAACUUAGUAUAGCUGGAUAAUUAUGUCAUUAGUUUUAAUUAGCAGGUAUGUGUUUACCGAAUGUGGAGACCAUUUGCAGAUUAUCAUCUUUUCCUUUUUCUGUCUGCUGAAUAAAUAACC